UCACAGGAAACAUUUGCUCGGCUUCCGAGAACUGCUAAAUAUGGUUCAACUUCAAAUGCUCAUCUUAACUCUAAUUUUUAACAACCUGAUUACCUAUUCGGACGGAAAAACUUGCCCAAAAGGACAAAAAGUUACUCGUAAAUCUGGAUCCUGUGAAGCUUGCCCUGAUGGAUACUACCAACCCACUGAAAAUGAAUCCACAGAAUGCAAACCGUGUACACGAUGUGAUCAAAAUUCAGGCAGUGUGGCCAACAAGCAGUGCACCAAAGUAUCCAACACUGAGUGUAAAUGCCAACAAAACUUUUCGCCCGUGGAGGACGACAGUUCCACUUGUAAAUGUCCAAAGGGCAACGGGCUAAACCAGGGCCAAUGUUCACCGUGCCUACAUGGGACCUUCAACACUAAAGAGAACUCACCCUGCCGACAAUGGAAAAGAUGUAAAUUUGGCGUGAAAUUUUCUGGGAACCGCAGCUCGGAUGCCAUUUGCUCUGACAACAAUACAGCCUUGCCCUCGACACCAAUUGAAAAAUCAUCCACGGUCGCUCCAUCAAAACCUCGCCACACAUCAGCGAACUCUCCACACACCACCUACAGCUCAACAACACGUGCCACAGCCACUGUGGUGGACAAAGAGGAUUCCAGCACUGAGACCAACAUCGGCCUUAUCCUUUCCAUAUUUGGACUUGUAAUCUUCCUUCUUUUGUUCUGUGCUGUGACCUGGAAGCUGAAGCAUAGCAAAAAGGUGGCCAUCCAACCGGGUAUGUAUCAGGACUACAGGUUUUCCUUAAACAAAAUUCUGCAGAUAGUAAUUACACUACUUUUACUUAUAAUUGUCAUGUUCUAAAUCUUUGCAAACAUCCAUAUAGACCCAUGCGCAAAAAUAAUAGAAGCCAAAUGUGCUUGGUCAAACUGCUUGAAUUUCAAAGUUGGGACUCCAGAAUGUGAAAAGGAGUCUAGUCCAUCUGCUGAAAUUCUUGAGUUUCUAAUUAGGUAAAAAUGACUUUAAGUAUUAGCAUACUUACUAUUUUUCCUGUCUUAAAAAAGUUUUUACUGAGCUUUGUAUGUACUAAUGUGCAAGCAUUUUUGCACUACAGACCAACCAAAAAGUGGGAAAUACAAACACACAAUAAUUCAUUGUGAUUUGAAGAAGACAAGAUGCAGUUAAUGUGAGCAUUUCAUGUGGGUUUUUUUUAUUUGUUUACUUGAGAGUCAUGAGGUGGUGGUGUUGUGCUGUAAAUAAGUCAGUUUGUGGUCACUUUGAUGUGGUUUGUUGUGGUGAAUCUGGUUCAAGAGUGUCAAGCCUCAUUCAUCAGGCUUGUAUGACCAAAAAGAAAGUGUACCAUUAUUUGGCUAUAUUCUGAUAUUUGUUGAUUUAAAAUGUGUAUAUUUUAAACAAUAUUCAGAUUUUCACUUUUUCAUUUUGUUUUAAAUAUAUUUUAUAUAUUGCAACUCUUGAUAGGAUUCCACCAACAGCUGCUGAGUUUCUGCUCUCUUGGCCUGAAAAUUAGCUCAGCUUUUGGUCGAACUAGCAGUUUAAAACAACAGUUCUGAACUCUCUACAAGAUAGUUUACAUUUAGAUUCACUGGUGUACCUCCAAAUCUGAGUCAUACAAAGUCUACAAAGACACAAACCAAGAAGACCAAGAGGGGGGCAUCAAAAUAACAGAUGUUUGUGGUAAGAUAAAGUAAAAAUAUUGCUCCCAAACCUGGCAUAAUAAUG